ACGAAACAAUCUGGUCUCUCCGCCAUCUUAGGAUUUUCAUGGUAGUUCAACGUUAGAAUCGUGGCUGUACGUUACAAGAGCAUCCGUUAAGAUUCGUGCAAGUGAACUACUUGAGUUGUGUGUGCAUUCCAGUUCUGAUGGCUGAAACGGAUAAAUUGAACAUAGACAGCAUUAUAGCACGGCUAUUGGAAGUGCGUGGUGCUCGUCCUGGCAAGAAUGUACAGCUAACAGAAAGUGAAAUAAGAGGUCUGUGUUUAAAAUCACGAGAAAUAUUUCUUUCUCAACCAAUUUUGCUGGAGUUAGAAGCACCACUUAAGAUUUGCGGUGACAUCCAUGGUCAAUAUUAUGAUCUCCUCAGAUUAUUUGAAUAUGGUGGUUUCCCACCAGAAUCUAAUUACCUUUUCCUUGGGGAUUAUGUGGACAGAGGGAAGCAGUCUUUGGAAACAAUCUGCCUUUUACUGGCUUAUAAAAUUAAAUAUCCAGAAAACUUUUUCCUGUUAAGAGGAAAUCACGAGUGUGCCAGUAUCAAUAGGAUAUAUGGAUUUUAUGAUGAAUGCAAGCGGCGGUAUAACAUUAAGCUUUGGAAAACAUUCACGGACUGUUUCAAUUGCCUACCUGUGGCUGCCAUUGUAGAUGAAAAAAUAUUCUGUUGUCAUGGUGGGCUCAGUCCUGAUCUCCAGAGCAUGGAACAGAUUCGUCGUAUAAUGCGGCCAACUGAUGUACCAGACCAAGGCCUCCUUUGUGAUUUGUUGUGGUCUGACCCUGAUAAGGACACAAUGGGCUGGGGUGAGAAUGACAGAGGUGUGUCCUUUACAUUUGGAGCAGAAGUAGUUGCAAAGUUUUUGCACAAGCAUGACUUUGACCUCAUUUGUAGAGCUCAUCAGGUUGUAGAAGACGGCUACGAAUUUUUUGCGAAACGACAGCUGGUCACACUUUUCUCAGCACCCAAUUACUGUGGUGAAUUUGACAAUGCAGGUGCAAUGAUGUCCGUUGAUGAAACACUCAUGUGCUCAUUCCAAAUAUUGAAGCCGGCUGAUAAGAGGAAGUUUGCUUAUGGAGGACUGAAUGCUGGAAGACCUGUUACACCACCCCGUGGAGCAACAACAAAGAACAAAAAAAAGUGAACGUGUCUGGGUUGAGCAACUGAGCUGCUUAAAUAUACUUAAUUUGAAUGCUGAAUUCACUGUAGCAGCUAGAACUACAGGAGUAUUGUGCAUUGUGGAGAGACUGCUGAAAAUAUAAAUGUUGUGUAAUAUUGUGUUGGGCCUGAAGUCCUGACUCAGACGUUGUCACAAAGCUGUUUACCAGUGGUACAACAUAUUUGUAGUUUUAUAAUUUUAUGCCAAACAUUCUUCAGUACUCAUUACAAGCAAAAAUUAAUACUAAGUUAAAUACGUGACAGCGUAUCAGUGCAAUUGCAGUUAUUUUAUCAAAAUCUGUUUACUGUGGAGCUACCUGUUCUGCAGUCAACUUUUUGUAAUGCAGAGCUGUUAAAAGUGGAAUGAACUUACAAAUAUGUAAUAUUUGGAAUAUUGAAGCACUAUUAGAUAUAACAGUGUUUUUAUUUCUAACAUAUAUAAGUGAAAUUACAUAGAUGCAAGUUUGUGUUGUAGCACAGUCUGAAGAGUAUUAGAAGGUACAUCAGUGAUGACUCAUUAUGAGUGACUAGUAGUGCUUAAUAUUAAACAAAAAACAUGAAUACCUUCACUAAUAAUCUGAACAUUGUAGUUAAGAUAUCCGAACCACCAAAACGUUUAAGUAGAAUUUCCAAGGAUUGGAAAAGCUUCUCAUGACAAAAGUAUUCACCCUUCUUGGCAGUGAUUGAGAGUACCAGUAGUGUUAGUUAAGUCUAUGCCACUUCUUUCAUACCUUGCCUCAUCCCUUGUAUUUUCCUCAGUUCUCACAGCAGAAUUUUAAUGGCCUGCUUGCAUGACAGUAGUAUUUAUGUAUAGUUUCUAAGCAUAAUUUUGCAAAGUACUUCAUAGAAUAACGUCCUUCAUUUCACUGAGUGUAGGAGUUUUGAAACAUGAAAUGAAAUGUAUCGUCCAUUAUGUUGUAAUUAAUCCUGUGACAACAGCAAGUGGUCACAUUGUUUUGAAUUUGUUAUAAGAAUGUUUUGUGAUGAAGUGCAUAUUUUUUUUCAGAGACCAGAUAUAUUUAAUAAUGUGGUCAACUUCCAUCCAUUUUUGGAUACUUAAAUGUACAUUACAAAAUUCAUAUUGUAUAUAAUUGUUGAUGGAUCUCCAGUUUAUCAUCUUGACUGUCUUUAUAAUGUCCCUUUAAUGAAUGUGGAGAGAGCAAAAAGAAACAAAACCUCAAUUUUAAAACAAUUCGUAAAUGAUUGUUUGAUUUUAUAACCUAAUCCUGACGCGGACACUUGGUGUUAACAUUACAAUCAAAGAUAAAAUUGCUGAGAAAGCAGUUGCAGUGUAGUGACAAAAUGUAAUAUUUCACUAUUUGUAAUUGCUGACUACCAUUUUGUCUUGCUAAUUGAAGUCCAAGCUGCUUAAUGACAAAGGAAACGAAUCUCAGAGUUUAAUGUGUGGAGCGGUAGUCUCCUAGGUGUGCAAAAAUGUUAAAAUUCAUCUGCGAAAUAAAUUUUGUACUGUAUUGCUAAACUAUUUGCUGUAUGGAGAUUAAUCUCUUGGAGAUAGUUUUCAACUUGGGUUUCGGAGUAGUGGUAUGCAAAACAUGAAUGCUUAAAUUUUUGUAUAUUUUGCUAGUUCUUCACUUGUAAAAUUAUACACUGUUGAAUGCUAUAUUUUGUUGGGGAAACGUUGUUCAUACUAUAUAUGUAUAAAAUGGUCUAAUAUUUUGGAGGCAAUAGAUGCCGGCACGAAUGUCGGAAUUUGUGUUCAAAAUUGUUUUAGAGCACAAGAAGUUUGGAGUUGCGGAAAAUUUUAACAUUUGGGUAUCGUAGUAGAAUGGGAAUUAGUGGGGAAUUAAGGCAAUGAUGGAAAGUUGUUACACUUUCAUUUUGGUCUGAUUUAUUUAGGCAUAAUCAUAACUCAGUUUUGCUUGUUUCCAAUUUAACUGAUUAACUUCUUAUGACAUGUUUGACAAUAUUGUCUUUAACUUCUUAUGACAUGUUUGACAAUAUUGUCUUUUCUGCAGUCACUAAUACUCUUGUAUCACCAUUUUGAGAUUGCAAAGUAUGCUGAUGUUAAGUUCAUUCACAGUGCUGUUCAUGACUGACUCUUAUUUCAAAAAGAGCCAUUAAUUUUUUAUUGCUCGUAGGGAAGUGUGCAAAAUACACAUCAAAUAAAUAGCUGCUGAUAAAUUUCAGAAGGUAGCUGGCUGUGUGUGAUCAGAGAGGAAUACACUAGCUACGGACAGAACUUUCACAUUUCUCAUAAAGCGCGCCUCAUGAGACUUUAAUGUAAGCACACAUCUGAUGCCAUGAGUCCGAGGGCAGAAACAAAUUUGGACUUCGGUGGUAUGGGCCAGUAGGUAGAGUUGUAAAGGGAGAGGGUGCUAUGUCGUAAUUGUUCCUGGUGUAUUAGAUUAAAGACCUGAAAUAAAUUCGCUUUUUUGCACUUGUGAAUAUGGAUCUUAAAUAUCUACAUCCAUACUCCGCAAGCCACCUGACGGUGUGUGGUAGAGUGUACCUUGAGUACCUCUAUUGGUUCUCCCUUCUAUUCCAGUCUCUAUUGUUCGUGGAAAGGAUUGUCGGUAUGCCUCUAUGUGGGCUUUAAUCUCUGAUUUUAUCCUCAUGGUCUCUUCGCGAGAUAUACGUAGGAGGGAGCAAUAUACUGCUUGACUCCUCGGUGAAGGUAUGUUCUCGAAACUUCAACAAAAGCCCGUACCGAGCUACUGAGUCUCUCUCCUGCAGAGUCUUCAACUGGAAUUUAUCAUCUCCGUAAUGCUUUCACGAUUACUAAAUACCUGUCAUUUUGGCCUUUAGUGAAAUGGUUUCCUAAUUCCAACCUAACUUUAGUGUGGGCUGCAGCUCUGUGCUUGAAGGGAAAAUUGCUGAACAAGUGUUUUUUUCAUACACAAAAAUGUCAUUUUUAGGCUCCAUGAUGAAUAUUUGUUGUGUGUCCAGGACAUGAAAUUUUAAAUUACUGGAAUAACAUUAAUAGUGUGCACGCGCGCACACACACACACACACACACACACACACACACACACACUAAUUGCAAAUAAUCAAUUGCAGAGAUAAUUAAAUGAAAUAUGGAAGUAAUAUAGAGGAAUGUGUACAAAAAAUUUGAGAACCAAGUAUUCAGCAGUUUUGAUUGCAGCAAGGUUGCUUUUGGUACAUGUAUCCAGUAGGUUCAUGCAGACUAGCAGGUAUUGUCCUGCAAGUUUCGUCAUUACUUCUGAAACCCUGAUUCCUCAGUAGGACUUCACAUUGUGACAGUCCAGUUCUGUUUUUGCCGUGUCUUCCAUGCCACAUAAGGUAAAUAUGAACCUGCAGUUGGCCCCUUGUAGGUGUUAAGUGUUUUGGAUAGAAUCUCGCCAAAGAUCUGCUUGGUGAUUUCCUGGGGAUAACUGUCUUGCAGUAGUUUUUUUGCAUGGAGAUCUUUCCUUAAUACCGAGUCUUGGUUGUUACGAUUUGUGUUCAAACGAGGUAUGUGGGGUAAAUUUCCUGUUUCUCUCUACUUCUGAAUCUGCUUUCCUGGGUAUACAUGGUGGUAUACGUAUAAUGUGGUAUAGUUGGUGGAGGAUAUUUUGGUGUGGUGAAAUAUUGCCUGGGCAGAUAUUUGAAGUACUUUUGGUUGGGAUGGCACCUGUAAGUUGUGGACGAUGUUCUAUGCAGAUACUUUUCAGAAAUAAGCUCAGACUGAGCUUUGAAUGUAAGGGAAUGGUCCAUAUUUUUGUAUGUGGUUGAGUAAGCAGCUGUUUAGUGAAAGCCACACCUGUAACUUAACAUCUUUCAUAACCAUUCGCAGGGUUGGCUCAAAUUGAGGAUAUGUUCACAGCAAGGCCUUUCUUGGCAGUGCCUUCUAUAAAUGACACAAGUGAAACUAAACAGAUUUUUGUCUGUUGGUUCUUUCCCAUGCUUUGUGCCAAGUCCUGAAAUUUGCAAUUUAAAGUGAUUGGUGUAUAGUGAGAUUCAAUAUUCAUUGAUUUGUAGCAGAUCCAAACAUUUUAAUUCCUUCUUAGUUUGUCAAGACCUGCAGCUUUUAUUCUUCAUAGAUUUGAAAACACUAUCUGAUUCUUUCAAGGUGGAAAUAGUGCUGAAAUAAUCUUUCUCAUCUUGGAGUUUUCAGAUAUUUCUUCAGCCUUACCAUCAAAAAGGAUAUUACAACACUGAAAAUUUGUAAAACUUAUUCUUGUGACUUGGACUGUCUUGGUGUUACUGUGAAGGGAAGUAGAUGGUUUUGACUGAUCAGUAAAACAUCUAAGAUUCCCUAAACGUCUGCUCUCCAUGAAAGGGAAUGGGCUGAGGUGUGCCAGUUGCAUGCCCCCCCCCCAUGUUCAAUGGACCUGACAACUCUGACUUUUCCUUUUGGGAAAAAUCAUGGGAUCUUCUUCCACACUUACUGGCUUCUGUCAGUUAGAAUCGAACUCUCAACUGUGGCAUUCUGCAUGCAUAGACUUCAGAUGGGACGUGCACCAUAUAAUAGAUGAUUUACUUAAAACCUCUUUAUUUAGUUCAAUAGAUGAAAAAUCUACUCACCAAGUAGUGGCAGCACACACAUGUAAGACUUAACUGAUAUCACAACACACACUUGUGAGUGCGUUCUGCUGCCACUUGGUGAGUAGAUUUUUCAUCUAUCCAGUUAAUUUCAUUAAUAAUUGUUUUUGUUAUUUGAACCUGUUUAGGCACACAAUAAAAAAGCUUCAUGUAUUUUGCUAUAAAAUGAUACAGAAAUGGUGCCUGUAGGGUAAAUAAAGAUGAGUUUUUGAA